CCAAUGGAGCUGGAGAAUAUCGUGGCCAACACUGUGCUGCUCAAGGCGCGCGAAGGUGGAGGUGGGAAUCGAAAAGGCAAGAGUAAGAAAUGGCGCCAAAUGCUGCAGUUCCCACAUAUCAGCCAGUGUGAAGAUCUUCAGCAUACAUUAGAGCGGGACUACUACAACUUGUGUUAUAAACAGCCAAUUGGAUGCCUGCUUUUCCGGCAUUUUUGUGACACACGACUGGAACUCAUGCGCUGUGUCAAGUUCCUGGAUGCUGUGGCUGAAUAUGAAGUGACCCCCGAUGAGAAACGGAAAGAAUGUGGGAAGCGCCUGAUUGAAGUAUACUUGAAUCCUAAGAGUGUGGACCACGUCCCUGAAGUACCCUUGGAGCUGUUAAAUCUGUGUUCUGAGCAACUGGAAGAGGAACCAAGUAAAGAACUCUUUAAGGAAUCUACCAAGCUUAUCCAUGACUAUCUUAGUGUGGCACCUUUUGCUGAUUACCUUGACAGCGUUUACUUCAACCGCUUCCUGCAGUGGAAGUAUCUGGAAAGGCAGCAUGUAACCAAGAACACUUUCCGCCAAUAUCGUGUGCUAGGGAAGGGAGGCUUUGGAGAGGUUUGUGCUUGCCAGGUGCGGGCCACCGGAAAGAUGUACGCCUGCAAGAAGCUUGAGAAAAAGCGGAUUAAAAAGCGGAAAGGGGAAGCCAUGGCCUUAAACGAGAAGCAGAUACUGGAGAAAGUGAACAGUAGGUUUGUAGUGAGUCUGGCCUAUGCCUAUGAAACAAAAGAUGCACUCUGCUUGGUCCUGACUCUCAUGAAUGGUGGAGACCUGAAGUUCCACAUCUACCACAUGGGAGAAGCAGGAUUUGAAGAGCCACGGGCUGUUUUCUAUGCGGCCGAAAUCUGCUGUGGCUUGGAAGACCUCCAUCGAGAGAGGAUAGUUUACAGGGACUUGAAGCCAGAGAAUAUUCUACUGGAUGACCAUGGUCACAUCCGCAUUUCUGACCUGGGACUAGCUGUUCAUGUUCCGGAAGAACAGACAAUAAAAGGUCGGGUUGGAACCGUUGGCUACAUGGCUCCUGAAGUUGUGAAGAAUGAACGGUACACAUUCAGCCCAGACUGGUGGGCCUUAGGAUGCCUGCUGUAUGAGAUGAUUGAGGGUCAGUCUCCGUUCCAGCAGCGCAGGAAGAAGAUCAAGCGUGAAGAAGUGGAGCGUCUGGUGAAGGAAGUCCAUGAAGAGUAUUCUGAGAAGUUCUCACCUUUUUCCCGCUCACUGUGUUCCAUGCUCUUGUGCAAAGAGCCCUUGGAACGGUUGGGCUGUCGAGGGUCUGGUGCACAAGAAGUGAAAGACCAUCCUCUGUUUAGAAAUCUGAAUUUCAAGCGGCUGGAAGCUGGGAUGCUGGACCCACCUUUUAAACCAGAUCCCCAAGCUAUUUAUUGCAAAGAUGUCCUGGAUAUUGAGCAGUUUUCCACAGUCAAAGGGGUAGAGUUAGAACCAACGGACCAUGACUUCUAUCAUAAAUUUGCAACGGGAAGUGUCCCUAUUCCCUGGCAAAAUGAGAUGAUAGAUACAGAAUGUUUCAAGGAGUUGAAUGUAUUUGGUCCAGAUGGCAUCAUACCUCCUGAUCUGGACUGGAAAGGGCAGCAGCCUCCCCUGCCCAAAAAGGGCCUACUCCAGCGUCUCUUCAGCCGACAGGACUGUUGCGGGAACUGCAGUGAAAGUGAAGAGGAACCGACUCGCUUAUGAUCUGACUCAGAAAAGAAGGCGCUCGCUCACAGUCAAACACAUGCCCACCACCAGCGUGUGUGUGCGU